UAUCUUUCACAAACUCUUUAUUUUCUGUGUGUUUAUUUCAUAGAGUCCAGCUCUGUGUUUGUGCUGAAGGGACAGGAUGUUCGUCUGGAUGUCCGGGAAAAUAUUAAACUGAAAGAGUUUGAGGUUUUUAAGUGGAGCUUCGGAUCAGCCAAUAUUGUAAGAUGCACUGACACAUUGUCAGUGAGAGUGUCUCCUGAUUACAACAACAGGGUUGAGUUUUAUAAGGGAAACUUCUCUCUGCUACUGAAGAACCUACAGGAAGGAGACAGUGGACCUUAUACUGCAGGAGUGAGUGGUGACAAAGAAAAGACUAUUAUUGUAUACCAGUUAUUUCUCCAAGAGAGAGUUGAGCCUCCAGUCCUGACAGUGGAAUCUGUCUCCAACAUCAAUGGCAUCUGUAAUGUGACUGUGACCUGCAGAGGUCAGAACACCUCUGUCACCUCCAGCUGUAACAACAGCACCUGCUCUCAGGUGGGAGGAGAGAGUAGAGGGGCUGAGACCUCCACUGUCCCCCUGCUCUCUGUCUAUGUGGCAGGGGGUUCCAUCAUCUGUAACCACAGCAACCAAGUCAGCUGGGCCACUGAGUCCAAGGAGAUAGUGGAACUCUGUCCAAUGAAAUCUGACCAAGGCGAGAAGGCGAACUACAACUAUGCUCUCACAUUCGGGGUACCUGUCUGCGUAGCUGGAUUCAUUGCCCUGAUUGGUUUUGUUGUUUGUCGAAAGCAAAACAAACGUUGGACAAGGGAAAUCAAAAACACAGAUUAUGCUACAGUUGGGACUCCAGAUAACGGUCAAGCAGGUGGUGAAGAGCAGGCGUCUCCAGGUCCAGCAUCUCCCACCAUCUACAGUAUGGUGGGACAAUCCCAACCACAGCCUGUGAACCACCUGCCUGUGGACAACCCAACCACAGGCGGAGGUCCACAGCCUCCGCCUGUGGACCUCCCCAUGACCACCAUGGCCCCCAUGACCUUCAUGCCUGAGAGUUUAUAUGCUAUGGUGGGGAAAAAGACAGGAAUUUGAACAUCAUCUUAGGCUGGGAUUCUAUUCAAACCUUUUAAAGGCAAUGUUCGAGUAGACCUAAUCAAAUAAAAUAAGAAUGGUCACAUGCUUUGAAAAUAACAGGUGUACAGUCGUGGCCAAAAGUAUUAAAUAUUAACAAAUUCUGCUGC